AUGCCCAAGGAACGCAGUUUCAACCCGGUACAAGCGCAGCGGAAAGCAGACAAACAGAAAAGCUUGAAAAAAGCCAAAUCUGAGGCGCAGGCUCGCCAGAAUGAGAAACUCGCCCGUCGCAACCCCGAGCGCAUCCAGCGACAGAUCAAUGACCUCAAAGCGGUAGAAGAGUCCGGCCAACAACUACGGCCGCGUGAUAAGGAGGUCUUGGAGGCGUUGGAGCGGGAUUUACGUGCUGUGCAGAAGGCCCGGGAAGCACUAGGUGACAAGGCACCGAAAUUCGAUAAUUAUCAGUCGAGGCGGGGUGGCUUUGGUGGCAGAGGUCGCGGUGACGGUGUAUUAGGGAAGAGGAGGAGGGAUGACCGCAGCCAAUUCGGACAGGAUAGUGAGAGUAGUGAGACGGAUGAGGAAGUUCGGCGAAUUCCUAUGCCGCGGGAUACGCCACCGCCAGUUCCUCGCCAGUAUCAAAAGAGGAGAGAGGGGGAUGCAGAUGCAGAUGCAGGUCCUCGGGGACCACAUGGUUUGCCAGCGAAACCACCUGUGGUUGAAUCCCGAACUGUUUAUGAAGCGAAGCCAGAGAUCAAGGAUCUGCGACAAGAGGCGGUUAAGAAAUUUGUUCCAGCUGCUGUUAGGGUUAAACAGGAGGCCAUUCGAGGGCAAGGAAAGCUACUGGAGCCGGAAGAAUGGAUCGACUGGAGAAAGCGGCGGCUAGUUGAAGAGGAGAAACGAUUCAACCAGGAACUCAGAUCCGUACAGAUCGAGGACGUUGAAGAUGAGGAUGCAUGA